AUGGAAAGGGUGUUCCAGAGAAUAAACGAGCUUCUGAAAAAUCCCAGGCUGGAAGACUUGACUGCUGCUUUUGAAGACGACGGAUACAUAAGAAUGAAUAGAGUGUACAUAUCACCGUUUUCAAUAAAACAGCUGUUGAUAAAGUUGGUGGGGAUGGGCCUGGUUUCAUGGCAAAUGAAUUCAAACGGACUGUUUUUCCAGUUUAGAACAUUCCGCCUGAAAUUCCAUGGAUCAGUGAAUGUAGUGAUGAGACAGAGGAUAUUCUGUAUAGAGAUUGAUUUUGAUCCCAGUAUUGAUGGCGGAGCAGGCAUUCCUGUGCUUAAGGAGCUCGAAAGCUAUCUGAAAGGAUGUGAUGCACUUUUUUUCAUGACUUAUGCAAUUGACAUUGACAAAGAGAUUCUCCAGAAUCCUCUUUCGGAGAGCUUCGACUUUUUGCACAGGAAGAGCUUUGUGAAGAAGUAA